AUGCCCGCCCGACACGACAAGCCUCCUGAGCUGUCUGCACCCGCGGCCAGUGGCUGUAUCCGACGGCCUGGCCCAGUGCCUUGGAGACGAGUGAUGGUGUACCCAGUAACUAGGGGAUCUCGCGAAUAUGCCCAUCUGCUGCGUGGUGGAGGCGAGCAGAGAUGUCGGUUCGGCAAGCCUCGCCUCGGCAUCCUGAACCGGCCACGUGAGGCCCAAGAAUUGGGCGAUUUGCCCAUGCCACCGCCAGCCUUCUCGUGA